AUGUCUGACACGUUACCAAUAUCUUGUGUUUCGUGCAGGAAGAGGAAGAUCAAAUGUAACAAGAAGAAGCCAUGUGACCAAUGUUUGAAGAGAAAGGUUGAUUGUGAAUUUCCAGCAACAUUUAGAAAUAUAAAAAUUGGAGAAGACGGCACAAAAGAAGGUAGAGUAACCACUUCUGAAAAAGUGAACAUAGAGCUACAUGGUGGAGAACUUCAAUUGGACAAGAACUCGGAACUACUACACCAACAACAAACUCAACUUCAACUUAAUCAAGAACAAAUCAAUCUUCAACAACAACAACUACAGAACCAACAUCUUCAAAACACCAUACUUGAACAACAAUCUCAACAACGCAAUGGAGUACUACCCCCUCGUAUACCACUACAAACUUUGAGCGAAUCGGGAAGCGCCAAGAGUAGCAGUGGUGCAAGUUCAAACUCGUUACUUACGUCUACAUACGCACAAAGCUCCUUAGCCACCGAUCCACCAUCAGUUAGUGAUUCCACAGGAACAGAGAGUGCAGCAAAGAUCAUUUCUCGUGAUGUCAAAUUCGGCAAUAUUUCUGGCCAAUCAGGAGAAUCAGGCUCAGAGUAUUCAGGUGAUCUGACAAGAAUCCACGCUUACCCUAGACAGAUGGUUUCAAGAGAUUUAAAUGAUAUGGCUCUAAUGAAGGAGAAUUUUGACAUGAUGAGAGCAGCCAAUUCGCAGUUGCUAGAUGAGAAUCGAGCAUUGACACAAAGAUUGGAGGAGAUUCUACUGAAGAUCUCAGUUUCAGACACAACACCGGGAUCAACAUCCUCAUCAUCUUCAUCAGUAGCCCCAGGAUCAGCAUCCACAAAUGCCACGGGUGGCCCUCAAGUGAAGAAAACGUCUUCUGCCAGCACCACCACAACAAAUUCCAGCACUAAACGAGAUCGAUCAGCUGAUUCUUCAUCUGAAGAUCUUCCCAAUAAAAAGGAGAAAGUUGGAUUUUUUGGCCAUUCCAAGGCUAGUUUCCCCAAUGAUUCAGCAAGUGCAAAUCAAGGAAUGUAUUCGACAAAUUUACCCGGUGUAGGUACUGUGCCACCAAAGGAAUCAUCGUCAUCAGGUGGAAGUAGCGGUGAUGAAGUUGGCCAACAGGUUAAUUCAGCAGACGUGCAGUCAGGGGCAGGAGAUGCUAAAGCUACUCCACCGACGAGAAAACUUCACAAGUUAAAACGUAACAAAUCUGGAGGUAGUGAAGGUUCGAAUAACUGGGAAUUGGAUAAUGAUGCAUUUCAAACGCACGAGUCUGUUAAAUCGAAUCGUAUGGUGGAAAGAAGUGGGAAAAAGAAGAAACUUCCAAUACUACCUUCGUACUUGUUGAAAUACGAGGAUCCUGAUAUUAGUACCGAUUCAGACACCAACCGCGAUGUCUUCCGCUUGAACUUUGAGGUGAUUAUGAAUUUGGUUUACAAGUUUUUCGAAAGGAGUCCUUAUUACAGAACGUUCAUCUCGGCGUCCCAUGUAUUUGGAUUUUUGAAGACUUAUGAAAACAUCAAUGAUAGAGAUUGGGAUAAUGACGAUGACAUGAUGUUGAUUUACAUGAUUUUGAGUUUAUCAGUGCAGAGACUCAGUUCAAAGGACUUUGUGAAUUUAAAUUUGUUGCCAGCUGGGUCCGUCAACACGUGCACAAAGUAUCGAAAAUACUUGACAAGAAAUGUUUUGCACAAGGGUUUUGAGCGAUUAAAGCAUGGUUUGGUGAAAGAAUCUUUGUUAUCGAUUCAAUCAUAUAUUUUAUGCACUGAAUGGUACUUUUUGGAACAAAAGUAUGAAGAAUGCUGGACCAUGAUGUUCCAUGCUUGUUCAAUCUCCUAUUCCAUUGGUUUGCACAUUAUGGGAAAUUACAGCUUGCAAGAGGUUAAACCAGGUAAGCAAUUCAAGAAUUUGAUUAGUGCCACUGCUGAAGAUUCAGAUGUUAGUGACAAAAAGGAGUCAUCUGGAUCUGAAGAAGACGAUAAGGGUCAAGAUGAGGGAUUGGAUGUCACACGAUACAGAUUAUGGUUUGCGUUGAAAUACUAUGUUUCCCUGAUUUGUUCAAUCUUUGGAAGGCCAAACCCGAUCUCUGUUCAGGUUGGUAUGAAUGGGUCCAAUAGUGGAUUAGGCUCAGACAUUCCAUACGAAAAGGCCCAUAUUUUGUUCAAGGUUGGUGUUUGUGAAUCUUUGAGAUUAUCGAAUUUAAUGUUGAUUGAAAAUUUCAUGAUUGAUUUUACAUUAUCUGAUUUGCUUGAUUUGUCACACAAAUUUGAUCGCGAAAUUGCUAUCUUGAACCGCGCUUAUGCGUCCCUGAUUAGUGGUAACAGUGUGGAUGGAGUGAUGCCAGCACCCUCCAAUGAUUUGGAUUACUUGGUGAUUGAUGAUUUUACUGGAAAGCCAUUGCAACUUACUAGGUUGGAAUUAUUGGCCGAUUUAAUCAUCUUACACAUCAACAAUGCCAAGCUAUAUGAACCAUUUAUAAGCAAAUUUGAGAAUAUGAAAGGCUAUGGUCAAAUCGUAAAGGAUCAGACAGAGUCAGUGUCGAGGUUUUUGGUGUUGUUGAAUACUUUUAUUGAAAGUUUUUUGAAGCAUUGUGUUGAUGAACAUUUUCAUGAGGAACAGAUUAGCGGAGCUGAUUCCAAUGAUGAAUCAUUAAACUAUGGUCCUGUCAAGUUUGGCAAACUUUUUAAAUCAUACUUUCCAUUCUUGAAUUCAUUUAUAUGCCAGGGUGUCAUUGUUGUUUUCACGUUGUUGCAUUAUAAAUCGAAGGACUUUGUUGCCAAUAAUGAUAAGUCUGUGUUGAAUAACAGCUUUCUAAACUUGGUUGAAAGCAAUUUGAAUUCAUUAAUAAACUUUGAACAAAGGAUGUCGACAAAGUAUAUAACAACAUCAAGAAUGUGGUCAUCCAAUAUGGUCUAUUUAAUCAAUCGAGUAUUGAAUUUGAUCAAGCUACUUUAUGAGAAGCAAGAGGAUAGCUCGAUUGCAGAGGAAGUUAGGAAGCAGAAACAGUACACUGGAACGUCGUCAUCAUCACCAGAUAGUAAUUCUAAUUUGCCCAUCACUACUGCCCGAGGCAAUUUGUCAUAUUUGCUCAACACCAAUCCAUUUGGUGAUCCUUCUCAAUUCGAGUACUUGAAUGGGUUCCACUUGAAUGAUCCAUUUUGGUUGACUGUGCCCGAUGGCGGUGCUAUGCAGUAUUAUGUUGAGGAAGAUGCAAGACCAAAUAAGUCAAUUGCCGGGUUUAAGCAGUAUGCACCCAUGAAUGAUCAAGAUUCUGCUAGUAAUAGUGACGACAAGAGACAGAACUCAACAACUUCGAUGGCUACAAGUGGCGAUUCAAUUGGUGCAACUCCCUCCGGCCAAGCACCUGUACCUGGCACCAACAAUAGACCAAUGAUAUCUCGACCACCCUCAGAUUUAUUCGGAUUGAAUUCAAAUUUUAGUAAUUGGAAUGAUGUUGGAAAUAUGCAGGGUAUGAGACAAACGCCAAACAAUGGUGGUAAUAAUUCAGUAGCAGGUACUCCAAACAUUGGAACUGGAUUGACUUUUGGUGGCCGUAGGCCAAUGUCAUCGAGUUUGCCUCCACCUAUACCAACGCCUACAUUGCAACAGCAGCAACAGCAACAACAGCAACAACAGCAACAACAGUUGCCAUCACUUUCCCGAUUGCAACAACAACAACAACAACAACAGCAACAACAGAGUCCAAAAGAACAACAGCCAGCACCACCAUCACAACCUACACCACAACAUCCAACUCCAAACUUUAUGGGCGGUGGAUACAUGUUUCCCCAGCCAUUAGGGUACACCCCACAUCCAUUCCCUAAUGAUCAAACCUAUUACAAUCAAGGAGACAAACCGCAGCCAUAUCAGGAUAAGAAUUAA